CCCCCGCCAUCUCUGCCUCACUCGCUCGCUCUCUUGUCUGCGCUCCUGCCCUCCCUGCCGCUGCUCCUUCCUUCCCUCCCUUGGUCUCUGUUUCUCUUGCGCUGGACUGCACCUGCGCUGCUGCAUCACGCGGCCCUCGUCUUACCCUUUGCUCCUGCCUUCGACGCUGCGGUGACGGAGAAUUGCUGGUAUUCGGCGUCCACUGACCUUAGGGUUCUGCUCUCUGGCAGAUUUAUAUCGACCGCAAAUCGGGGGCUGCGAGACUAGUUUGCUGCUGUGAACAGUGGUGGUGCUCGACAGUGCGGUAGGGUUUGUAGCGGUGUGCUGGUGGGUGGCUGCGUCUGAUGGCCUCCAAGCGUAUUCUGAAGGAGUUGAAAGAUUUGCAGAAGGAUCCCCCGACAUCAUGCAGCGCUGGACCUGUGGCCGAGGAUAUGUUCCAUUGGCAGGCUACGAUUAUGGGACCUCCAGAUAGUCCGUAUGCGGGAGGCGUAUUUCUGGUCACCAUUCAUUUUCCCCCCGACUAUCCAUUCAAGCCUCCUAAGGUUGCAUUCAGGACCAAGGUUUUCCACCCGAACAUCAAUAGUAACGGGAGUAUCUGCCUGGAUAUUUUAAAGGAACAGUGGAGCCCUGCUCUAACUAUAUCUAAGGUGCUGCUGUCAAUCUGCUCUUUGCUGACAGACCCAAACCCGGAUGAUCCCCUUGUACCGGAAAUCGCUCACAUGUACAAGACAGACAGACAUAAGUACGAGAGUACUGCGAGAAGUUGGACUCAGAAGUACGCAAUGGGUUGAGAGCGGGAAGUUGCGGCAGUAGGGCUGCGAGCAUGGGUAGGUUUGGCAGGACGUGGAUGCGAGGAUGAUGUCUUAGCAUUUAUGCGAAGCUUAGUGGGAGAUAAAGAUGACGGUUACCAGUUGGCCCCGAGGGUCCUGAUGAUGGAGAUGUUUGCGUUUUGGAGCCAUUGUGUAUGCUGCAACAUACUGGUAGGGUAGUGAAUGUGUGCUGAGGGGUAAAGUAGUGAGAUAAGUUCAAAACUGUUUGGUGCACGUGUGUGGCAUCUUGUGGUCGAGGUCGUGAGGAUCAUAGGUGCACCACUGCCUUGCUGUUGCAGCGUUCAUGCAUUUGCCAGGUUCCAUAUAUUUAUUAGAGGAGAUGGCAUUCUUGUGUGUUGGUCCGCAUCUUGUGCUGUUUUGGGUGGAAUCAGGACCGCAUAGUUGGGUGUUCAGAAAGAAUAGAGGUUGGCUGGCCAUGUGAUGGGUACUUUGGAUGUCUGCCGCAAGUGUAUAAGUACGUGACCAUCCGUGGGGCAGGUUCCGACUGCUAGUCUUGUUUGCAGUGUGGACGAGGGAGGAUUGGAAACCUUCUGUUGAGGAACUUAUCCGGUGGGAUUGUUGACUGAAUAGUAGAGAGCGCGGAGGCCUGGCUAUUUCUGAUUAAGUGGUAUUGGCUGGAGUGUUGGAGUCGCUGGUAAGGUUAUUUGUCUAGCUCAAUUGCAGUUCUUGUUGUCAUGCAGAAGUAUAAGUGCAUUAAUUGUGCACUUUGUGUUGUGCUGUAGUAAUGUUAAACGCAAUUCGGAUACUUAUCUUGUUUCUGAAA